UAUACAUUUGCAUUUAUGAAAGAAUGUCAUUCCAAAUAUAAGUUACGAACACAUUGUAAUAAGAUUAAUUAAUUAUAUAUUGUUGGAUCAUCAUGGAAAUAAAAUUACUGCGUGUAUUAAUGUAUAUUACGUUUUUAUUUCUGUUAUCAAUCGACGCACAUGCGGAAGAGGAAAAUUCCACCAGAUUUAAAAUUCAACCAAUCAAAACCGAUCCAUUAAAAACAGCAAUAUUUAAAAUACAAUCAAAUGCAGAUUAUCUGAGAAAAUUUUUUAUGAGAUAUAGAGAAGAAUAUAUACAAUUUAUUAAAGCUAUACGAACAGAAGAUAAAUCAGAUCGUAAAUUAAUUAUCAUAGAAUUAAUUGAAGAGAUAGUGCGUUCUAUUCAAGAAAGUUCAACAUUAAUAAAUAAUACCAGAUCUAAUAUUAACAAUGAAACUUUUCCAAAGAGUGAUGGUAUUAUAAGUGCCUUGUUUUCGAUAUUGGAGAAUGUAUCUCUUUUUGGAGAUCUUAUUUUUCAUUUCCCAAAAAUGGUUGCCAAAAUUGUAAGACUUGAAAAAAAAUGGAUUGAAAUACUAUUGUUGUCUGCGCAAUAUGUUGAUUCAUAUGAAGAUAUUGUGGAUGAAUCUAAUUAUGCUGUAAUUUCUUCAGCUAUAAAGGAACUUUAUAAAAUAAAAGAAAAAUCUGGAAAAAAAAAUAAUUUGACUAAUAAAAAGAAAUCAAAGAGGAGUCUUACAAAAUUCAUGAAAUUGGAUUUAUAAACAUUCUUGUGAUAGCUUCAGUAAAAUAUAUCUAAAAAUAUUUUUAAUGUAAAUAUAUUUUAAAAAGAUUUAUAUUUCGAUUCAAUUCAUAUUAA